AAUAUGACGUGUAGAAUAGCCCGGCUGAAGUCUGCUGUCUGAAGCUCGUUAGAGUAAAUAAGAUAUUUUCUGGUCUGAACUUCUGAGUUCUGAAGUCAAGUGACAACUCAUUUAUUUUAAUAUUAUUGCUCUGAAAUCUGAAUUCUGAAGACAAGUGCAAAGAGAAUUUAAACACUACGUUCAGAGUUCAGACAAGUGAUUAGUGAAAACGGAAGGCGGAAUUAUUGUGGAUUUAGAAACAAAAAUGGAAGCAACAGGAGACACCACAUAUGAUGUGACGUUAGAUGUACCACCAAAAUAUGGGCUUAAAUUAGCUCUCAAUCAUGAAUUUCCGCUUCAAAGCAAACAAAUAAUUAAACCAAGGCCUAAGCAAAUAUUUGACUUGAUGCCUUUGUCGGCAAGGUACCUAAAAUAUUACAUAGGUCAAAAAAUUAAUAAAAAGCGACCAAUUAUGGAUUAUAUAAACUUAAUAUCUGCACAAAGAAUGUAUGGUUGUCCAAUCGGUGGUAUUGGUGGUGGCACAAUUGGAAGGGGGUUCAAAGGCGAAUUUUGUAGGUUUCAAUUGAAUCCCGGCCUGUAUGAAUAUGUUACCGUGCCAGAAUGUCAGUUCAUUGUCAAUAUAAGAAAUGAAAAUAAUGACACUAUUUUCCAAUCAGUUUUAUCUACAUAUAACAAACCAAAAAAGGCACCAUCGUCGUGGGAGUGGAAUUUGAAUGGUUCCGAGUGUGAAUACACAGCACUGUAUCCAAGAGCUUGGACAACGUACGAUCUAUCAAAAUACGGCAUCAAACUAGUGUGUCGACAGAUAUCACCAGUAAUACCUCAUAACUACAAAGAUACAAGUUUGCCCUGCGCAGUAUUCGUGUUCACGGCUCAAAAUGUCUCCAAAGAACGCCGCACCGUAAGCAUAACAUUCACCUGGACUGAAGUACUUGCGGGUUCCAAUAAGAGGAAAAAUAUCGGUAAAUUGGAUCUAGAAAGAUAUUCAGAGGAGCACACAAGUGGAGUUACGCUGGAGCAAAAAGUGGCUGAAAUGCCACUCACUUUCACAAUAGCUAAGAGAAAAGAGGAGAAUGAAAAGAUUCACGACGGUUACUGUUUCUGGAACUCCACAAAGACCUCCAGCUAUGUGUGGGAUUGUUUAAAGAGUAAUGGCAGACUGCAGCCUGACCCAAGCCUUACGCCGACACCACUAAAAAGCUCCGAUAAAGAUACUAAGAAAAGUGAAAAAGAAAAGCCAAAGAAGAUUUAUAAAAAUGACUCCGUCGGGCUCUCAAGCACGAUUUCGUUGGACCCUGGUGGAUGCAACGCGUCUGAAUUUUGUUUGGUUUGGGAUAUGCCUAUGAUUAAGUACAAUAAAGAUAAAAAAGUUCACAAAAGAUAUUAUACAAAAUAUUUUGGUAGCGAUGGUAUAGCGGGGGCCAGCAUAGCUGCUUACGCGCUUAGGAAUUAUAAGAACUGGGAAAAGCAACUUGCAGAGUGGCAAGAGCCCAUACUUAAUAACAGCAAUAUACCAGACUGGUUAAAAUGUGCCUUAAUGAAUGAGCUUUACUUCGUGGCGGAUGGCGGAACGAUAUGGUUCGAUGUUAGUGAUGAGUUUCCGGAAUAUGAUCCCAGGCAUGAGUUCGGUAUCUUUGGAUAUUUAGAGGGGCACGAAUACAGGAUGUAUAACACGUAUGACGUUCAUUUCUACGCUUCUUUUGCCUUAGCACAGCUGUGGCCUAAUUUACAGGUAGUAUUACAAUACAUGUAUCGAGAAACGAUAGGAAUCGAGUCGCCGCUGUAUAGAACAUCGUUGUACGACGGAAAGUCAGUGAGCUUAAAAGCGAAGGACUCGAUACCACACGACUUGGGAGAUCCGGAUGAUUUCCCCUUCACAAAUAUAAAUGUAUAUAACAUACACGACGUAUCAGAAUGGCGCGAUCUAAAUCUCAAAUUCAUAUUACAAGUGAUACGAGACUAUCGACUCCUAAGAGCUCACAGCGCUCCGUUUCCAAACGAACGGUACCAAUCCAUGGCGUACAUCGACGACAUCAGAGACGGAACCGAAGACGACCUCUACACACGAUCAACCGAACAACAGGACGUUCGAUCUUCAGAUCUAUCCGCGGACUCAUCCGUCAACCCGUCACCGGAACCAACCAAACAAGAAGUGCCGGACAUCUUAGACUUAUUAUACAGAAGCUCUGAAGCUGUACCGGAAUGCAGGGAACUGAUCGAGCCACGGGAGAAUGUCUCAGUGUGGGAUUCGAAGUCGUAUCUCGUCGAUAUGUAUCCGUCCUGCUCGGCCUUGUUGAGGAAAUCGCAAGCGUGGGACAAGGAUGGCGACGGGCUAAUAGAAAAUGGCGGCUUCCCGGAUCAAACUUAUGAUGCUUGGGUUAUGUCUGGGCCGAGUGCGUACUGUGGCGGUCUGUGGGUGGCUGCAAUAAGCGCGGUGCAGACCAUGGCUCGCAUACUUGGCAACACUGAAGACGAAAAGGAGUUCGCGGAUUUAUUGGAACUGGCCAAGAAGUCUUACGAAGAGAAACUGUGGAACGGCUCCUACUAUCUCUUCGACACGAAACCUUCUAACAAGAAGGUUGUAAUGGCUGAUCAGCUUGCAGGACACUGGUUCCUGCGUGCGUCUGGUUGGACCGAGCAAGUGUUCCCCGAGGCGAACGUGAAACGAGCGCUGCAGACGAUAUUCGACAACAACGUGAAGAAGUUUCUGGAAGGAAGGUGCGGCGCGGUGAACGGAUUCGUGAGGAACGCGCGGGGAGGGGGACAUGUUGACACCACGGCGCUGCAGAGUGAGGAGGUGUGGACCGGCGUCACCUACGGUCUGGCCGCGCUGAUGCUGUACGAGGGUAUGCACGAGCAAGCGUUCGUAACAGCCGGGGGAUUGUACAACACUCUUACCAGAAUGGGCUUAGCUUUCGAAACUCCUGAGGCCUUGUAUGAAAAUGGGAACCAUCGCUCCAUCGGCUACAUGAGACCCUUGGCUAUCUGGUCAAUGUACCAAGCCAUCUUGACCCGGCCUCCACCCAAAAAUACCACCAAUGGACACAUUCACGUCGAAAGUGAUACAACAUUUUUGUGAUUAAAAAGUGUUUAACUCAAUUCUGGUUGGGAAUUAUAGGAUUAUAUCUUUAUUAUUGAAUUAGGCGUUACUUGGCGGAAAUCCAUAAUUAUCCAAAUUCUUGAGUGUCAAAUUCUGUCACGAGACUGCCAUAUCACGUCGAUCAUCUGCAGAGUUUCGUUUCAACGAUUGACAAUCAAGAAAACUCACAAAUUUUGGAUGAUUAUAUAUUUUUUGGAUUGUACCAUGCACUAUGGUGGUUGUGGCUAUCUCACUAAUUGGCCGUACACUGGGCUUAGCCUGUACCUAAAAAAGAGAAAAUACAAAACGCGAGGUUAAGGUUUAACAGGUACUAAACGGAACAUUGGUAAUUGAGGGUAUAUUUAAUUUAAAAUGAUAUGAAAUAUCAAUAAAAUAUUAUGAAAAGUGUUGAUAAUCUUGAAUGGCUUUAUACCCCGGACAAGAAACAAUGAAUUAAGAAGCUUUAAACCUAGUAUAAAAUAGUUUACUAUAGAGCUAGGAUAAAAAAUCUUACAGUAAAAUCGGGGUUUUAUAAAUCGAUUCGUUAACGAUGACAUUACUAUCAAUGCCUUGAAAUAAAUCUUUUUGUAGCCUAUAGAUUCGUGAUAGAAAUAUUAUUAGUAUAUUAGAAGAUACCUCAUGGUUCCUUUUUUAAAUAGUUUCUUAAUGUCACAUAAUAUCGAUAUCUCAGUUUCAAAGAGUAACAAUUCACAGAAGAGUUCUCAAACAAAAUUCAAACAACACCUCGAAAUACUUCAUUAAUGUAUGAAAGGAAAAUAUUUAUUGGAAGUAACUAAACUGCAUUCACUUAUCGACUUGUUUCUCUAUGGUAAUGGUGAGUUAUGGGUUUUGGAAAAAUUUCUCAUACUUUUCACAAACUCAACGAAUUUUAGACUUGUUUCAUUUUGGAACUGAUGUAUCGAUAUAAUUUAAUUUAAUACGACACUAAAAUGAAACCUUUUAUUUGUGGCAAUGGCUGUGAAUAAUAAAUAAAAGAAUGUUAUUAAAUUUAUUAAAGUAUUUAAAAACAAUAAAAACACGUAAUUUGACAAAGGCUUGAAGUUGUUGAAAUUUCUAAAGAUAUAUCUUGUAAUUCCCUAAGCAGUUUUGAUCAUCAAGUGCAAUAAACUUACGCUUAAGAAACCUAAUGUUACCAGUGGCAAAUUCUUAGAAAAUUUCUCACCUGUUCGGUUGUGCACAAUUAUGGUAUUAACUAUAGUAAAUUGUACGGUAUUAUUUAUCAAUUAUUAAUAGAAGUAAUAAUGGAUUGUUUUUUUUUUAAUGUCUAAAUUGUCUGUUCGCCGAGAGUUGAUAAAUACUAUGGGACGUAUCGCGACUGUCGUUUAACUAUCGCAAUCUGUAUCAAGUAUGUGGUACGAGGGACACAUAUGUUAUAGUUAUUUAUGUAACUAUUGUGUUAUUAAACCCCUUAAUAACCCUUGUAUUAUAACACGAAUGUGGGUUUAUGAUAAUAGUAUCACAUGAGUGUUUUAAUACCUAAUUAUCAACAGUUGCAUACAAAACUUUACUACCCUAAUAUGAAUUCUCUACAUAAAAGAUUCUGAAACAGUUAGCUUACUGCUAAUAUUUAAAAAAAGCCAGUCCUCGUAACCAAAGGAGUGUUAUUGUGAAAACGGAUAAUGUAAUGUUGUACUGAAUUUCAUUACAACACUCGUUUUGAUGAUGUAAUGGUUAUUAGGACAUUGAGUGUUUUAAUGUAGGCAAUAAGCUAACAGUUUUAGAAUCUUUAAUAGAGGAUUUAACGCAUGGGCGUAGAUAAAUGAAUUUACAAGCAAAUAUAUCUUUUCCUGGCACAGUAAAGUCUAAAUGCCUAGUUUGAUGCUACGUUCAUAGAUUGAAAAUGCGUAAAAACCAUGUUGAAAUCAUUUAAUUUUUAUUCACUCUCGUCGAACAGAGUUUAGUCAAUAAUAGCUAAGUAGUGUGUUUAUCCAUAUACAUAAUAAUUUUAUCGCCGCACUAUAAGCAAAUGAAAAAAAAAAUCAUGUAAUAACUUGCGUGUGGGGUGAACUCAUGGUAAUCAGUAAUCACCGCCGCCGGUAGUAACACCAGAGGAAGUACAAGAACGUUGCCGCCUGUGAAAGAAGUUGUAAUUACGGGCACUUAACAAAUUCUAUUUGUCAGGCGUGAAAAGAACAAUCUAGAUUUGGAGCCCUGUAGUAACACAGGAUAAAAGUGGACUGUAUUAUGAAUUUUAUUUAUUUGUUAUGAUUAUAUAAAUAUGAAAGUAUCUAGUGAUGAAAACUAAAAAGACUUCUUGAAUGUUUGUAAUGUUCUCAAUGUGCUCCUCAAUAUUGUUUUUUCCAUCAGACUAAGUUAGACAGCUAAUUAAUUUUAACGGGUUUUCUAGACGAAUUUGAGUGGUGAAAAGUGCAGUUUCCUUCUAAGACCAAAAACGUUAUUUCGUUCGUCUGGAGUUUCGUGGGAGCAUGGAUAGCAAUGAUAGCUAUCAUAAUACUAACAAUAAUGAUUGUUCGCGUAUUUCGGCGUUUUUACACUAAUGACAAUCACUCGCUGUAGCAUAAAUCAUCAGUGCGCAUGGGACGGACGAGCCCGUUUAUCGAUAGUUGUACUUGUCUGCCUAUCUAUCAAUUUGGUAUGAAUUCGAAUCAAACUAUAUUAUGUUUCGAGUCUAUUUUAGGUUAUACGAAUGUUUCAUUUGUAAAUCUCGAUGGGGAAAUUAACCACUUUUCGUAAAAUGGAUUGUCGGGGUAUUAUUAUUAAUGAUUAUAGCACAAUUAUUAUUAUUAUUAUUUGCAAGAAAAAACAUACUUGUCUGUUGUGUACAUAUAAUAAAUAUUGCUUUUAUUUCUCUCAUAACAUCGAUACGACAGUGGAACAUCACUAUGCCUACCGUAAGAGUGCGACACAGAGCGCACAUUCGGACGAGUGUUUGAGAUUACUGUACGAUAAAUAACGAAUAAAAUCAAUUUAAUUACGCAUUUUAAAUACGGGGUGUUUUUUAUCAUGUUAGAUGGAUUUUAAAAUGAUAAAAUCGCUCUAAAUAUUAAAUAAUAUUAUGAUUUUACCGACUAGUAACGUAACACCAAAUAUACAACGAUAUUAGACAUGCAUAAUUAUCGAAGUCACUAAGAUUAAUAAAAAAAAUAUUUAUUAUUUAAUUUUUAUAAAAACAAUAAUCAUUUUUUAACUUUUGUAUUUUCUUGUGUUAGGUAUUAUUUAUUAAAUUUAUCUUAGAUAAUUUAUACGUCUACAUAGACUGACAGAUAUGAAUGCGACGAAAAAAGAGCUCCGAAUUAUUAACCUAAAUUUUCAGCAACGCAUGCGCACUAAAAUAUAGUGGCAUACGUAUUGCGAGUGCAAGACUUAGCUUGUUACGCACACUAAAGUAAUAAACCUGGCCUGUUGUCAUGCGUUGCCUGUACGAGGAUUCAUCUAGACAUAUAAAUUAUCUAAAAAAAAUAUUUGCAUCUUUGCCUUUUGUUAACUUUUUUGAUGUAUACGUAAUUAUUGUAAAAUGAAAUGUAAACAAAUAAUUUCAAAUCGGGAUUAAAUCCAUUCUUAUAAAAUA